AUGCGAAGCAAACCUUUGGGAUUGAAUCAACGCGAAGGAAAGAAAACCAUUGGGAUUGAUCAACGCGAAGAAACCAACCAAUUGCGGAUUGAUCAACGCAAAGAAGAAACCAUUGGGAUUGAUCAACACGAAGAAGAAACCAUUGGGAUUGAUCAACGGGAAGAACCUUUGGAAACCAUUGGGAUUGAUCAACGCGAAGAAGAAACCAUUGGGAUUGAUCAACGCGAAGAAGAAACCAUUGGGAUUGAUCAACGCGAAGAAGAAACCAUUGGGAUUGAUCAACGCGAAGAAGAAACCAUUGAGAUUGAUCAACGCGAAGAAGAAACCAUUGGGAUUGAUCAACACGAAGAAGAAACCAUUUGGAUUGAUCAACGCGAAGAAGAAACCACUGGGAUUGAUCAACGCGAAGAAGAAACCAUUUGGAUUGAUCAACACGAAGAAGAAACCAUUGGGAUUGAUCAAUGCGAAGAACCUUUGGGAUUGAUCAAUGCGAAGAACCUUUGGGUUUGA